UGAUCGUCAAGGCAUAUUGUUAGCUACAUAUCAAUAUCCAAAGUGGCUGUUCCCAUUCACUCCUGUAUAUUGAAUUUUUUAUUUUUUUUUUGCAUUCGUGUACAUUAUUUUAGCUGCUAGCUCUGCAAUCAUUUUUUUUUAUCUCCAUUUCUGUACAUUCACGCCCACGUUUUAGCACCAGCUACCAAUAAAAAUAAAAAAAAGUAGACAAUAAAAAUGUGGCCAGGAACUCACACAUAAUUGAUGAGAAAGACUGUGUAGUCAUAAAGCUGCACUCAUCUUGCAGGGUUUUUAAUAGCAAACUCGGGCAUGGUCCUGUCUCAGAUCUGCAGGUGAACACACCCAGGAAGGAAUUAAAAUGCCAUCCUGCUGUUUCCUUGUGUUAGCGCUGUGUGCGGCCCAGACGUUGUGCGUCACCAUCGACUCGGUGCCCGGCGUGGAUGGCAAGGGAGUUAUCCUGACCGAGCUGGAGACCACCGUGUCGCUGGUGUGUCGUAGCGGCCGCUCCGAAGAUGAAGGGGCGGAGCUGGUGUGGCUGAGGAACGGCGCGACGGUGACUCUCGGAGAGGGAAACCGCAAAGGGCAAAGCGGCGUGUGCGUCAUGCCGGUCAUCCACCAGGACAACGGAGCCACCUUCACGUGCCGCCUGAGCGCCAACGCCACUGUUGAGGCCUCCGUCACCCUCAACGUCACAUAUCCACCCAUGCUUUCAGGAUCUGAAGCAGUGCGGGUGGAGGAUGACUCGCCACUGGUCCUGGACUGUGAGACCUUUGCCAACCCGCCCGUCUCCUCUGUGCGGUGGACUCUCAAUGGCAGCGCUCUGGACCUCCUAGCAGGGGGCUUCUCCAUGACCCAGGAUGGCUUCACUAGCCAGCUCUCAGCUGACAAGGCGGAGAAGAGUAAGCACGAGGGCCUCUACCGCUGCAUAGCUGACUCACCCGUCUACGGAAUCAAGAGCAGGGAUUUUCUCGUCACCGUCACAGAAAAGACCCCCAAGUUUCCACUCAUACCCCUCAUAGCUGGUGCGGUGGUGUUGUGCCUAUCAGGACUCCUUGCCGUUGUUUCACGCUGGAAAAAAAUCAUCAAGUGCUGCAAGUGAACGAUGUUUGUCGACUUCACAUGCCCGCCUGCGGCCAAUUAGCUUUGUGCUAAGGCUAAGAGAACUAGCGAAUCAAACAAAUCAUUUCGUAGUUCUCCACAUGAUUGCUGGUCUUCAUGACAGCAGAGAAGAGCCCUUGCACUAAGUUAGCUUUGUAUAAAGCUAAGGCCAAGUCAACUAGCUAAUUAAAUCACUGCUUUUGUAGCCCUCCAUGAGGACGCCUGUUUAUUGUAAAUUACAAUUCAACGAGGCUGCCCGAAGCUAGUUAGCUUAGCAUACAGCUAACCAUCAAAAAAAAGAGUCCUUUUUCAGCACUCCACAAGGACGUCGGUUUAUUGUAAAUUGGUAUUCAACAAGACUGCCUCCAGCCAGUUAGCCUAGCAUAAUUCAGGAACUCUUCAUUAUUUUUCCACCUAACCUGCUUAUAGUUUUAUUAUUACUUUGCAACAAAGGAUUUUUUUUUUGUGAUUUAUAUGGAUAAUCUAGUAUUGUAGCAAGUUUGAGAGUAAGAUUAUUUUAUCAUUAUGUUUAAUGUCUUGUUCAUGAAUUAAAUCUGAAUUUAAGUCAAGUUUUAACGCCUGAACUUAAACUCCGGGCUCAAGGACACUGACUCAUGCAAAUAGUGUUAUACAUUUACUUUUAACAAGACAAAAACCCUUGUGUCAACGUCCAAGGCCGAGCUCACGCUGCCUCUCUUCCAUAAAAUUAAUUAAAUAUGGCAGUCAUUAUGUUCACAUGAAAAAAAUCAUGAGGAAUGAUGGAACCAGAUAAGAAAAAGAUAUAGACACUGUCUUUGUUUCUGUGAAUCGAACUAACUACCUAUAGCCGAUUUCAAAGAAAUUGCCAAAGUAGGUAACGUGUCCGCUUUACAACAAUUGUUCUUGCAUGAGUCACAUGGACCUUAAUACAGUCAUGUACGUUGGUUGCCACGGCACACUGAUUACUGUAAUCACAUUUUGGUCCAACAGAAAACGUAUAUAGCCUCAUGAGAAGCGUUUGGUGACAACUGUGAAGUUGAACCUGAACCACCUUUCCUCGCGCCACAAAAAAAUAGCCAUGACCCGAGGACGCCUACCAAAUACCGCACAGACUUGAGCGACACCUGCAGGUCGAUUCUCAACACCACACUCUAAAGUAAAGUGAAUCGCAGUAAUUUAAUGCGAUUGGAGUCAAGAGAGCGACACCGUGGGAUCAGAAAGACUCAGGUUCGAUCCCGGACCUGGUCGCGUAGAGUUUGCAUGUUCCCCGUGCCUACGUGGGCACUCCGGAUUGCUCCCACAUCCCAAAAAUAUGCAACAUUAAUUGGACACUCUAAAUUGCCCCUAGGUGUGAUUGUGAGUACGACUGUUUGUCUCUAUGUACCCUGCGAUUGGCUGGGAACUAGUCCAGGGUGUACCCUGCCUCCUGCCCGAUGACGUGACCCUCGUGAGGAUAAGCGGCUAAGAAAAUGGAUGGAUGGUGUCAAGAGAGAGAAAAAGUGACAUCAGCUGCUGACGAGACAAGAGGUUCCUUAAUUUUGUGUAGAAAAAUAGGCCUCAUUAUUUGAA